CCUCUCUCGCCGACGCAGGCUUAUUUACAUCAAUCCAAUGGAAACUGAAGAUGGUUGCUCCCAUGUUGUUGAUGAACAAAUCUCUCAGUUGGAUAACUUAGUUGUGCCAAUUGUUGAUGAGCACUUAAAACCAAAAAUAGGAAUGACUUUUGGCAAUUUAGAAGACGCUGAAAAAUUCUACAGAAAUUACGGAAAGGCCGGAGGUUUUGAUAUCCGUAAUAGCACAACAAAUUAUGGGAAGGAUAGAGAAUUAAUUGGCAAAAGUUAUGUUUGUUCAAAAGAAGGAGUGUUAAAGAGCAAAUCGUUGGAAAUUCGACGAUGUGGUACAAUUAGAACAAAUUGUAAGGCCUUGAUUCGCUUGAAAUUAGACCAAAACAUUGGCAUAUGGAGUGUCUACAAGUUCGUGGAAGAACAUAAUCAUACAAUUACUUCACCGAGUAGAACACAUUUUCUAAGGGGAAACCGUGAGGUAACAAGUGCGAAGAAGACAUUGAUAAAGCAGUUUGGAGAGGUGAACAUUCCAACAAACAAGCAAAUGGCCUUCUUUGAAAACUCUAGCGGAGGUUUUCAUAGAAUUGGAUGCAUUGAGACCGAUGUGAGGAAUUAUGAAAGAGAUUUGAGAGAAGAGAGGCGCGGUCAUGAUGCACAAAUGUUGUUGGAUCAUUUUAAGGCGGAACAAAAGAAGAAUUCUUCAUUUUAUUAUGUUUAUGACGUUGAUGAAGAGAAGCGCUUAACUCAUUGUUUUUGA